UGAUUGGCCCGGCCAUGCGUUCGUUUCUCCUUAGCUGAACUGCCAGUGUGAGUGUGUGUGUCAGUGACCCUGGCUUAGUUCGAUCCACGGGCAGGGCAUUGUCUGUGUUUGUCCUUAUUUAGUCUAUCACCCCCAGGACUACAUUUUAAAGAUGCAUCCCUUUUUCAGCUGCGAUGCUUAUGCUCCCUGAGAAGGCUCAUGGGAUAGCUUUUUCAACCUCCCUUCACUUUUCUCCUCCCAUACUUAUAUCUAUAGUCUCUCCCGGAUCGGAUAUAUAUACACCAUCAUGGGUGAAAGACGGCACCUCUCCACUCCGGGCUAUGCAAUCCCCUGGUGGUCAGCAUUGAUACUCUUUCUCACCACAGACCUCGUAGUUGAGGGCACCCCCAUUGAUCUCCAGCGACCCGACGACUCUUUCCCAAUGCAUCCCAACAACCAUACCGGGUCCAAAACGACCCGGUCGCUAUGCCUGAACGAAGACACCGACCGGAGUUGCAGCUUGCUCAGGAAGAUCUCGGAGUACAAGAACCAGGUCUCCAUCACGAAGCUGGUCGUGCUCGCGUGUAUACUGGCCGUAUGCGCUCUGGCUUACCGAAUCUGUCUCAAGACGAUGUACUGCCAACGCCGCCGGGUGGACAGGGCAGCACAGCGCGAAGAGAGGAAAGCGCGCCGGGCCUACAAGGCUGCAGCGCGCCGACUGCGGUGGCACCGCUGGUGGGAGCGGAAGCCCACCGAGCCAUCGGCCCCAGAGCGCGACAAUGAGCUCUUCGUCAUCGACGUACCGGGAGAACCCCGUCAGAUGCAGGUAGGCUCUUCAGAUGCAUCAUCGUCUCUGCCUGGAGCGAUGCAAGAUGAACUACUAGGCCUACGGGAGACACUCGCAUGCGUCGGGGAGUUGAUCGGGGUCGAGCAGCAGAACUCGGUCAAGCCAGAUGGUCCUGAGGUAGCAAGCCUGCAUGGAAAGCGGCGCAUGUCCUCGGAGACUAUCGCUACGUCAACGGUCGGGCUAUCCACCAUUACGUUCACUGCGACCAGCAGUCGAUUGAGCCAUGAGCCUAGGUCCUCUGGGACGGUAGAAUCAUUGGACACGAUGGACUCAGCCCCUCCUCCUAGCUACAGAUCCUGAUCUGCAAAUGCACCUACAAUAGUAUGGAAUGAAAGAUCAUAUACUGGGCCAUGGCUCAUUGCCAAAACAGUUUUGGAUGG